AUGCCGAGGAAGGCGAUGAAUGAACCGUGGAUCAAUCUCCUGAGAGAAAAGGACUUUUGCGAAGAGUGCAACAAACCGUUCCUCGACAUGCAUCCAGAACGAGCUCACUUCUGCGGGCUGGGAAAGGACGUCAACUGCUUCCGCCUUUGCCGACUUUGUUUCGAAGAUAGCAUGAGCUGGGAUCGGAACAAGUGCCCCGGCUGCAAGCAAGACUUCUCGACGAAGGACCUGGCAACCAUAGACUGCGAGUCCGACGACGAAAGAGCCCGCCAAGAAGCAAUUAACGCGCUCUUCAACAUUCAGCUCAAGUUCAACGAAUCCCUGGCAAACAAGGUUGAAAACCUCCGACUGGAAAUGCACAAAGCGCAAUUCGCGUUCGCCCAAGCCGCUAGUCAGCUCGAGAGGCUUGACGAUACCGUAAUGGCGCAAAUUGGGAUUGAGAUCUCCCAAAACGCGAAAUUGCCUGUUCGUAAACGAGCUCGCAGAUCUUUGGUCGCUGCAAAACGCGCGGCUCAAAUAACGACGAUAAACAAGCGGAAAUUGGCGGACCUUGAUGGUACCGUCAUCAAACCUGUUGAUGUCAAGAGGGCGAAGGUGGAAGCUUCUCCCCCCGGAUCCACUUGCAAAGCCGGACUUGCUAGCGACGAUGACGCUGAUUACGAACCCAUUCCUGAUUCUCCUGCUGCCUCUGAAGAAAAGAAGAUUUUCGAGUUCAUCGAUGAGUGCUAUGAAGCGACCGCGUCUUCCUCCUACUUCGAAUCUCGGACGAGGGGAUUUUCGCAGCCUGUUUCCACUGGUGAUAUAAGGCGAUAUCGAUGGCUGCAGGAUGCUAGAACGUUCGGCGAUUCUCCAUUUGGGUCGGUCUUAUUUGGGACCCCGCCGUUUUCAUCGCCUCUUCAAUGUCCGAAGGCGUCGACAUCUUCAGCGGCGCCUGGCGAAGGCUUACCGUCGUCAAGAGUUUUGGCUGCCGGUUCAGAAGGUCGUCCGGCCCCCAGCGCUCUCAAAAUCGUCUGUGUUCAAUACGCUAUCUACGCUCUCCUCUUCACCAUCUUCCUCUCCUUCGUCGCCUACAUCCUUUACUGGACAGGCCUCUGGAGGCUCAUCGUGUGGUUCUGCCGGCUCGUAUUUUGGGUCGUCAAGGGUUGCACUUGGCUUGCCAAGCGAUUUACCGAUGAUGAGCUGGUCGAGCCGGAAGUCCGCUGGGUCACUGACGACGAUUUGCACCUCGGCCUACUCAACGUUACGAUUCCCAAGGAGCACCUUCAAGCGCUUCAGGACAUGAACGGUUCCGCUCUGAUGGAGAUCGCCGGAGAAUUCAGAAUCCGCCAUGUUGAAGUCGCUGCCGAUCAUCUUGUUGCUAAAAUUUUUCCGCCGAAACUGCAGAGAUCGGUUUCUGGUCUCGUUUUCGACAUGGACCGCUACAUUGUCUCCGGCGACUUCGACUACGACGUAACCCAUCUUAGCUCUAGCGUUUACGACCAGCUCUACAACUUCACCGCUCCGCUGGCCGCCUCUUACAACCUCACUUUGCCUUUUACCCGCACACCUCGGUCUCUCACUUCUCCGACUGAAGACGGUUCCGUUCCGGCUCGAUCGAAGCGUGGGUCGAUGUACGAGUCUGGAUUUGUCGACUACAUGGUCGAUCAAGACAAGCUUCCUUCCUCCACCGACGAUGAGGUGAUCGAAUUCGUUCCUGCUCGUUCCCGCCGUGGGGCCAUGUACGACUCUGGUUUCAUCGAUUACAUGGUCGACCAGGAUAAAUUACCUUCCUUUGUCGACAACCUUGACGAUUUCGCUUCCGAUUCAACCUCCGCUUUCGUGCCUGCUCGCUCCCGGCGUGGAUCCAUGUACGAUUCCGGCUUUAUCGACUACAUGGUCGAUCAGGACAAGCUUCCCGCGUACACCGACGAUCACUACAACGACGACACCAGUGUCGAUCUACUGCGCAAUCAACGCGACAUCAGCCUCUCCGCGACCGAACUCCAGGCGCUUGUCAUUCCUCGCAUGGUGCAGCUUCUCGCACGACUACCGAAGAUCACUGGCGGGGCGGCGGCGCCCGGCCAAUUACUUGGUUUUGGUCGGCCGCCGCCGUCCUGUUUGUGGCCAACUGCAUGCUUGGUCGAAUAA